AUGAGCACCAGGUUCACGGUAGGAGAGCAGCUGUGUCAGGCAGGCGGCGCUUGGUCACACCGUGCGCCUGAAAUGUUUCUUUAUUGUAAGUACCAUGGCCCCAAGGCCGAUGCCUGGAGCUUGGGAGUAGUACUGUACUUCAUGACUGUGGGAGGUUUCCCCUUUCAGGGCAGAAACUUUCAGGAGCUUCGCAAGAAUAUCCUGUGUGCAAAGUACCACCUUCCAAGGCGUGUUUCUGCUGAGUUAAAAAACAUCCUAGGUCGUCUGUUGACCCGUGACUCCAGCCAGAGGGCCACGGUGGAGGAGAUCCUGGAGCAUGCCUGGGCCCACCAAGAUGCUCCCAGUCCUCCUGUCCAGACCCUGGCUGCAUCCCUGAACCCUGCCAUAUUAUCGGCUAUGGUUGCCAUAGGCUAUGACGCUAGAGAAAUUGUACGAUCACUACAAAAUAGAGAAAUAAAUGACACCACUGCCAUGUACCUUUUGUUUGAACAGCGGGCACGCCAGGAUUCUAAUUGCCCUAUGGAACUUGAUUCUAUACAACCAGUAGUUCCACCUUGCCCGUCUCCUGCAAGUCUUUCCACCCGUCCCGAGACACUAAGGAGGAGAGCCAGCGCACCUGCAAGCCUUAGCUCUUUCUCCUUCUCAAUCCUAACAUGGAAAUUGAAUCUGCCCCAGAAUGACCACAACUCAGGAAAGAAUGGCAGCAAAAGAAUCUUCCUGACCACCAGUCCCCUCUUCACCCCGCAGAGGAGAAGCCCAAACGCCAGCAGAGUCCCCCCACAUGCUUGCGUGGAACUCAAAGGAGGCAAGUCAUCUGAGCAUAAGUGCUCUGCACAAAAUGCCCUUCCAGUUGGGCAGCCCCAGGAGGUGAUCAGAGGUGCUGAACGCAACAGGAGCAGGGGCUGGAGAGGAGCCGCCAGGAGGAUAGUCACCACCCUUCUCAGAAUGUGCUGUUUUCCUUCCUGUUCAAACGAAUGCCACCGAGGAGGGCAAGCGGAUGGUAAUGGAGAGCAAGAGGACCUUACCACAGCCUUGAGGAGGGGGAUCCCUCCUAGGUGUGGACUGAAAUAG